AUGUUCGACAAGCGGUAUUCCGAGUUUCGCGAGUCAAACCCGCCAAUCUUGAGCCAUUACGCGAGACCCGAGGGCAGGCUGAUCACAAUCGACACCAGUGGCGCAACAGAAGAAUCAUACCAGAAGCUGCAGGCUGCUCUGGGUAGCAGUGAGGAAUGGGCAGCUCUGACUUCCGAAGCGCCGAAGUUCCCCGUCGAAUGGCUAUGA